CAGAGUGACCUAUGGAAUGUACUAAAUCAUUACAGAGAUAGAGGCACAGAUAGGGUGAAACGAAGAAAGAGAGGACACAGGGAAUUUAUGCAAAAAGUCUUAUCAGCAGCAUUAUGUGGUAACUAAAGGCUCUCACUCACAUACUUCUAAAGAAACUGAUGCAAAAUACACUUAUCGCUGUAGCUGUCUCUCAUAUAGACACAUGCACACAUACACACAACCCAGCUCUCAGGAUGCCUAAGAUAUGGGCCUUUAUUACGGAUUUCUUCACCUACGAGACGACCAAGUCGGUUGUGGUGAAGAGCAGGUCUGUUGGAAUCAUCAACCGCGUCGUACAACUACUCAUCAUCAUCUACUUCCUAUGUUGGGUCUUUUUACACGAAAAGGCGUACCAGGUGAGAGACUCGGGCAUCGAGUCUUCUGUCAUGACCAAGGUGAAGGGCUUCGGUUACCAUAACAACCGUGUGAUGGAUGUGGCGGACUAUGUCGCCCCUACACAGGGUUCCGCAGUGUUCUGCAUCAUCACCAAGCUCAUCAUCACAGAGAACCAGUUCCAAGGAUUCUGCCCGGAGAGUGAAAGCAAGUACAAGUGUGACACGGAUGAAGAGUGCGACAAGUAUUUGGGGAGCUCCACUGGAAACGGAAUAAUAACUGGUGCCUGUGUGAACUCCUCUAAAGGACGACGCUGUGAGAUGGAGGGUUGGUGCCUUGCAGAGGACGACAAAGUCAACAUGCAACCAAUGAUGGAAGUGGAAAACUUCACCAUCUUCAUCAAGAAUAGUAUCCGCUUCCCUAUGUUCAAUGUUACCAGAGGGAACUUCCCAUCAUCCCUGAAUGCGACUUAUAUCAGGAGCUGUACGUAUGACCCGGAGCACAACCUCCACUGUCCCAUCUUCAAGGUGGGAGAAGUGCUGCGCUACACAGGACAGAACUUCUCCACCAUCGCUCAGACAGGUGGAGAGAUUGCGAUCAACAUUGAAUGGCAGUGUAAUCUGGAUGAGUCAGAAGAGAGAUGUGAACCACACUACUCCUUUACGCGACUUGAUGCUGUGUUUCAGAAGAACGGCAUCUCUAAGGGAUACAACUUCAGAUUUGCCAAAUAUUACAAAAAUGAGAACGGGACGGAGUUCCGCACUCUCCACAAGGCCUACGCCAUCCGCUUUGACAUCCUGGUCACUGGCCUCGCAGGGAAGUUCAACACAGUUCCUACUCUGAUCAACGUAGUGGCAGCCUUUACCUCUGUGGGACUGGGUACGGUCCUCUGUGAUAUCAUUCUUCUGAACUUCCUGAAGGGGGCAGACCACUACAAAGCCAAAAAAUUUGAGGAGGUCUCUGAGUCACAGAUACAGAUAUUACUCUCUCGAGAAGGUUGCAGCCAGCUUUCAAUCCAACCAGAGGAGAAGAUUUCAGACGACUCGGGAACUGUCUCCCUCUGCCUGGACCAGCAGCUUUGAGUGAUUUGAGGCAGGGUUUGUUAGAAUUUAAUAGGGAUUUAUUUGUAUUUCAUUUUUUUAUUUCCUAGUUGUACAGAAUUAGGCAAACCAUGAUUGAUGGCACACUCCAGCACAGUAGGUGGCGGUGUGCACCUUAAAAUUUUGUUUGAGGACCGCCAUUAUACAGAAGAAGAAGCUUUGAGUGACAGCCCACAUCAACCCAACGGCAGAGAGGAAGAUCCUCCCACACUUCCUUAGUUCAUCAGCAGCUGUUGAUAUGUUCCAUGUUCAUGUGGGUGAAGCAGUGGCGAUUUUAGCAUGUAAAUCUUGGUGGGGCAAACUCCCCAAAUUGUUUUUAGAUGUAUGCCAGCAAAGACACUACACAACACAACACUUAACAAUACAUUAAUUACACUAUCACGGCGACAAGCGGUGCCCGCAAACUGUUAGGGCCUACAUAAAGAUGUCCCAACAGCAGAGCUUUCUUUCCAGCACCAUGGAGUGAAUCCUUACCA